CGAAACAACACAGACGCGUUUGACGCGACGCCAUUAAAAAAAAAUACGACCAUAGUGCAUUCCCGCCCUUUACCCGGUGAACUGUCAAAUUGUGUUAUUUUCCCGUGAAACAAAUUUGUGUAUUUAUUGUAAUUUGGUGUUGUUUUUAUAAACAAAAAAACUAAACUGUCAACGCAACACAACAAAUUAGACAUAACAAAACAUAACCUAAAAAUCUUAUAGUGUUCGUGUAGAAUAAAACUGUUUUCAAAGAGAAAUGUCAAAAUAAUUCCAUAAUGGACAAAAUUGUUAAAAGUGUUAAAUCCUGGCGUCAUCCCAGGCCUGCUGAGGAGUUGUCCAGGAGUCAGUACUCGCUGGUGUCCACUGAUCUUACUGAUGGAGCUGUGCAAUUGUGGCUGGGUCUACCUGACGAAGUCAAAUAUGAUCCUGCCCUAGAACAGUUUCGGCAGCACUAUGAAAAGGAGCACGGAGGCAAUGGAGUUCCCCGUAAAACCAAGAAUGGCUCCACGAAACGACUUCCCUUGGUCAACUCAGCACCUCAUCUCAAUAACAACCUACAACUUCCAAGGGAGGAGGUCGUAUUCCUUAAUACCAACAGUAAAUGCCCUUCUAUUGAAGAGAAGAAGGAGAAGAUACUUGAAGAAGUUCCCGAACCGAAGAAGCCUACAAAGACCGCUCGAGCUGGACACUUGGUGAAGAUGACGAUACUGGUAGCCUGUUGGAUGUUCUUUACCAUAGUCUUCCUGAUGUACAAUGAGAAGGAGGAAGUCACCAGGCACUCUUCAGUGGCACCUGGAGAAAUUAAGAGUUAUCCUCUACACACGGCACAGGACCUCCUAUCAGUAUCUCUGAAGCUUACAGGACCUUUUGUAUCAGAACAAAAUGAGAAAAAAUUCAAUUCCAGUCAACUUAUGUCCAUGGGCAAAAUGGAUGUUUGGGUGGAAAGUGCUCCAACUGCUUCGAAGAACGAAAUUAAUCGGUCUCCUCGCUGGACAAUCAUAUUGGAUCCAGAAGAUGAAAUAGACUUCACAGAAGGUGAAACGAGAAUCACUGUCCUCAAAAUGGAUGCAAGUUCGGGUCCGAACGCGAGUUAUUUUUUGAAAAUGAAGACCAAUGUGAAUACAACGACGCCCUUCGCGUUAAGUUAUACAAUGGACCCCCUGGAUAUCUCUACUGGGGUCAUCUACGCGUGUGUGCUACUGGGAGCCCUGUAUGUGCUCAUAAUUUUUGAGGUCAUAAACAGGACGAUGGCAGCAGUUCUGAUCUCCACUACAUCAUUAGCAGCUUUAUCCAUAGCUGGUGAAAGACCCACAUUACCUGAGCUGAUCUCCUGGUUAGACGUGGAGACACUACUCCUGCUGUUCAGUAUGAUGCUGCUGGUCUCCAUCAUGGCGGAAACUGGACUGUUCGACUUUUUAGCUGUUUUCACUUUUGAGGUCACAAAAGGCAAGAUCUGGCCAUUGAUAACUCUGUUAAGUGCCAUCACAGCAAUCGUAUCCACAUUUCUGGACAAUGUGACGACAGUUCUGCUUAUGACACCAGUCACUAUUAGAUUAUGUGAAGUCAUGGAUUUGGACCCCAUACCAGUGCUGAUGUCAAUGGUGUUGUUCAGUAAUAUUGGCGGCACUGUAACUCCAGUCGGUGACCCCCCGAAUGUCAUCAUCGCGUCCAAUAAAGCUGUCGUUCAGUCUGGUAUAAACUUCACCAACUUCACGCUGCAUAUGACCUUCGGUAUCCUACUGGUAUGCGUGCAGACAUACUUCCAAUUCAGGUUCAUCUACAGAGACACUGACAAACUGAGGCUUAAUGAGCCCCGGGAUAUUCAAGAUCUCCGUCAUCAGAUUUCAAUAUGGCGGCGAGCAGCUGAUUCUCUUCCUCAUCUAAGCAGAGAUGAGCUGGUGGUCAGGGAACGGCUGGAUCGUAAAGUUCGGAAGCUGACAGGCAGGCUGGAGGCCUUGGUCAAGGAGACCAAAAUCAGAGCCUGUCCUAAGGAGUGUUUCGAGACCAUGCUGGCUGAUAUGAAGGACAAGUACAAGAUCCGAGACAAAGUAUUACUGGUGAAGUGUACGGUGGCCAUCGCAUUUGUAGUCAUCGUGUUCUUUCUGCAUUCACUGCCUGAAUUCAACCGAGUGUCCCUGGGCUGGACGGCGCUGCUGGGCGCGCUGCUGCUGCUGACGCUGGCGGACCGCGAGGACCUGGAGCCGAUACUGCACAGGAUCGAGUGGUCCACACUGCUCUUCUUCGCCGCGCUCUUCGUACUCAUGGAGGCCUUGUCGAAGUUGGGUCUCAUCGAGUACAUCGGAGGGUUGACAGAGAGUCUCAUCCUGAAAGUGGAUGGGAAUGCAAGACUAGCUGUAGCUAUUCUACUUAUGUUAUGGGUUUCGGGAGUGACUUCAGCGUUCGUGGACAAUAUACCGCUGACCACCAUGAUGGUGCGAGUGGUGACGUCAUUAGGGAACAACCCCGCCCUCAACCUGCCGAUGGCUCCCUUAAUAUGGGCGCUAUCAUUUGGCGCCUGUUUAGGAGGUAACGGCACUUUAAUCGGCGCCAGCGCAAAUGUAGUAUGCGCAGGAGUGGCUGAACAACAUGGUUACAGAUUCACUUUCCUACAAUUUUUCAAAAUAGGGUUUCCUAUAAUGAUAGGUCAUUUAAUAGUAGCUUCAGGGUAUUUAAUGUUAUGCCACUGUGUCUUCCAAUGGCAUUAGAAGGAGACAGAAGAUAUUGGAAAGAGACAACAAUACUUUUGAGUAUUAUAGAGUAUGUUUGGACUUGUUUAAUUUUAUUUAUCGUUUUGUUGUGCGCUUUUUGAACGUAUGUUUAGUAGUUUUGUGAUUUAAGAUUAUUUUUUAUGUACUUAUUCUAAUUUGUGUAUACGGUGCUUUUUUUUGAAACUGUAAGCUCUCAUUCGCCUGGCUGAUAUGGUUAAAUUUUUUGUUCAACGUAACUAUUACAUUUAUUGUAUUCUUUAGCUCUCCGCCUAGCACAGGUUUUAGUCUAUCUGCAGCCAAAAUUUUAUCAAAAUCCAUUCAUUAGUUUUUGCAUUAUUGCGUGAUAAACAUUCAUAGCAAUAAAUCUGACGGAUUUUUGUCCUUAACGAUAUUUUUAGUUAACAAAAAAUCACUAUUUAAUACUCUUACGUUUAUAGCACAAUUCUUACUGAUGUAACCAUGUUUAAAUUUUCCAUUUUUCAUACCUAUUUCUAUAUAUAAAACUUAGGUAUAUUUGUGAAGCAGUCUAACUACCUACUUAGACAUCUUUUUAAUCUAGCUAGACUAAUUAGCCUGAUGAGUUAUCCUAUCUGGGGGCUUACUCUUGAAUCCAAUUCCGAUCGAUCGACAUUGGUAUUGUGAAACGAACUCUUGAGUUGCAACA